AUGUCAUUAAACCGGGUCGCGUCCAUCGAGACGUUCACCACCGUGCCCUCAGCCCCUGGCGUACGGUCAAGGAGGGCCUCGGAUGCCUCGACUCGCGCCCGCAAGCUGACCUUCAACCCCAUCCCGCAGGAAUGGGAUUCCCGGCCCCUUGACCUGCUCCCGGCGGUAGGAGCAUUCCAGGUGCCCAGGUGGAAACGGCUUGUCCAGGUCACCGCCGCCGUCAUAUUCUGUUUCCUUGGCGCAGGCAUCGUCUUUGGCUAUGCCGCCAUCAAGCCCGUGCUGAAGGCCGAAGGGGCCUACAGCAAUCUCUGUGUGGUGCCCGGCUCGACGCCGGACGACGUAGACACUUGCGUCGAGAUUCACCUCAACUUCAUGUUCACGGUGGCUGCUGUGGCUACCAAUGUCGCGGCUCUGCCGGUUGGAGCGAUCCUCGAUCACUACGGACCCAGGGUCUGUGGCCUGCUGGGGAGCUUCUUCCUCGCGUCUGGCGCGCUCUUGAUGGCGUUUGAGUCGCGGCUGCCGUUCGACGGUCUGCUUCUGGGUUACCUGCUGCUGGCGCUGGGCGGUCCCUUUACGUACAUCUCGUCCUUCCAGUUGUCAAAUGCCUUCCCCCGGCAUCCGGGCUCCAUUAUCGCCCUGCUGACGGGCGCCUUUGACGCCUCGAGCGCCGUCUUCCUCAUAUAUCGCCUCAUCUACCAAGCCACGGAAGGCGAGUUCACCCGCCGAAAAUUCUUCCUCGUUUACCUCGCCGUGCCGGUAUCCAUGGCGCUGAUGCAGCUGACCGUCAUGCCGGCGCGCUCGUACAAGACGGUGGGCGAGCUGGUCCAGGAUAUCCAGGAGCCUCUAGCCGCCGUGGCGGACGCCGGACCGUAUGACCAGGUCGACGAGGAGACGGCUUUGCUGCAGGAGGAACGACGCCAGCGCCGGGCGGGUGCGAUCGAGGAGGUCGAGAGCGUCCUCGGCUCGGUCAAGGCAGAUAGACAGACGCGGCGCGAGGAGCAUGCCAACCAAGUCUCGGGCGUCUGGGGCGUCAUGCACGGAUACUCGGCCUGGGAGCAGAUCAAGUCGCCCUGGUUCAUCCUCAUCUGUCUCUUCACCGUUGUUCAAAUGACACGGAUCAAUUUCUUCGUCGCCACCGUCCGCACGCAGUACGAAUCCCUCUUCGACUCCCACGCCGCCGCCGUCGCGCUAAACAACUUCUUCGACGUCGCCCUGCCCCUGGGCGGCAUUCUCGCCAUACCCUUCAUCGGUACUGUCCUCGACCACACGCCCACCCCGACGGUGCUGGGCCUGCUUGCCGGGCUGGCCACGACGAUUGGCAUUCUGGGCAUCAUCCCCCGCGCGCUGUGGGCCGGUUACACCAAUGUGCUGCUGUUUGUAUUGUACAGGCCGUUUUACUACACGGCUGUCUCGGACUACUGCGGGAAAGUGUUUGGGUUUGAGACGUUUGGAACCGUGUACGGGACCGUGAUUUGCGUGUCCGGGGUGUUGAACCUAUUGCAAAGCGGACUCGAUUGGUUAUUUGAAACGAAGUUCGACGGGAACCCGAUGGCGGUGAACAUUGGGUUGUUGCUGUUAGGGUUGGGGAUUGGGGCGGUCCUGGUUGGGUUUGUGGGCUGGAAGGCGAAGGCGGUCAGGGGGGAGUUGCUGGAGCGGGAGGCGAGAGGGGCUUUGGACGGGAGAUAG